GCUCUGUCUUAGCCAACACUUGGUAUUGUCAGUCUCUAUGACGUUAGCCAUUCUAGUGGCUGUAUAGUAGCAUCUUAUUUUAUUUGGUGGAGUGCCUUGUCAUUUUUCUAACUUUUUGUUUAGGUUCACAUUAUCUGUUACACUAGAAAGGGGCUCUUCAAAGCAGGGCAGGGUCAUUAGUCACUAUGGCACAUAUCCAGCACUGAUGCUAUUUGUUAAUGCAGUCCAGAAGAUCCUUAUCAAUUGAGAGAUGUUUUGAGAACUUUGAGUACCACUAUAGUUCAGUUUCCUCAGGUUAAAUGAAUUAGAGAAUAAUUAGAAUGUAAGAGCCUAUGUUAAAGCCCCAUUGAGAGUGAAGUGAGAGAACCGCAAAGCUAAUUUUGAGGAUUGGAUGCUUGCUGAGCAGUCACCUCAAUGCUCUUACUAUUACUAAAGUAACUCAGCCUCUGUAUGCUCACUUCUCCAAGACUGUCACUUAUUACACGUCGGUAAUCCUUAGGGUCUCCUGCAAUGAUCUAAGCCUUCUGCAUCAAAUCCUCAAUCAUAGAAACACUUCUCAAGCCUUACUUUGGAUAUAGCAGCCAUUCUGCAAAGCGUUUUAUAGGCUUUUCUCAUUGAAUUUUCUUAGCGCCCAUUGACAACUCCCUAUUAUCCAGACCUCCCUAUCCUUAACUCUUCUCAAUUUUCUCUUUUUGUCUGUCCGGUUUAGGAGCUAUAUCUCUCUCUUUGCUCUCUUUUCAGUGUCCCAAGCUUUCUUGGCCCUCUGUCCUUUUUUUCACAUCCUUUGGGCAAACAGCACUGAUGACUGUUCACCUUUGUGCAAGGCUUCCAAGCACAGCUGAAGAAUAUCCCAUUACUGGGCAGCCCUCCACCGGGUGAGUCCUGACUUCACCUGGCCUGGCAGUGCUACUUACUGUGAUUUAAAUCCACCACCCAACUAUAGUUGAAUCUACAGUCUACCCAGGGAUCUGUACCCAGGGUCAACUUGAAUUCACGCUGGGAGGGACUGAUUGCAGAACCUUGUUGACAAGCCACAUAAAUCCAAAGAAAACGCUGUGUGAUGUGAUCCUUAUGGUCCAGGAAAGAAAGAUACCUGCUCAUCGUGUUGUCCUUGCUGCAGCCAGUCAUUUUUUUAACUUAAUGUUCACAACUAACAUGCUUGAAUCAAAGUCCUUUGAAGUGGAGCUCAAAGAUGCUGAACCUGACAUUAUUGAACAACUUGUGGAAUUUGCUUAUACAGCUAGAAUUUCUGUGAAUAGCAACAAUGUUCAGUCCUUGUUAGAUGCAGCAAAUCAGUACCAGAUUGAACCUGUGAAGAAAAUGUGUGUUGAUUUUUUGAAAGAACAAGUUGAUGCUUCAAACUGUCUUGGUAUAAGUGUAUUAGCAGAGUGUCUAGACUGUCCUGAAUUGAAAGCAACUGCGGAUGACUUUAUUCAUCAGCAUUUUACUGAAGUUUAUAAAACCGAUGAAUUUCUACAACUUGAUGUCAAGCGAGUUACACAUCUCCUCAACCAGGACACUCUGACUGUGAGAGCAGAGGAUCAGGUUUAUGAUGCUGCAGUCAGGUGGUUGAAAUAUGAUGAACCUAAUCGCCAGCCUUUUAUGGUUGACAUCCUUGCUAAAGUCAGGUUUCCUCUUAUCUCAAAGAAUUUCUUAAGUAAAACAGUACAAGCCGAACCACUUAUUCAAGACAAUCCCGAAUGCCUUAAGAUGGUGAUAAGUGGCAUGAGGUAUCAUCUCCUUUCUCCAGAGGAUCGAGAAGAACUGGUAGAAGGCACAAGGCCCAGAAGGAAGAAACAUGACUACCGCAUAGCCCUGUUUGGAGGCUCCCAACCACAGUCUUGUAGAUAUUUUAACCCAAAGGAUUAUAGCUGGACAGACAUCCGCUGCCCCUUUGAAAAACGAAGAGAUGCAGCAUGCGUGUUUUGGGACAAUGUAGUUUACAUUUUGGGUGGCUCCCAGCUUUUCCCUAUAAAGCGAAUGGACUGUUAUAAUGUCGUUAAGGAUAGCUGGUAUUCCAAACUGGGCCCUCCAACACCUCGAGACAGCCUUGCUGCGUGUGCUGCAGAAGGCAAAAUUUAUACAUCCGGAGGUUCCGAAGUUGGAAACUCAGCUCUGUAUUUAUUUGAGUGCUACGAUACGAGAACUGAGAGCUGGCACACGAAGCCCAGCAUGCUGACUCAGCGGUGCAGCCAUGGGAUGGUGGAAGCCAAUGGCCUGAUCUAUGUUUGUGGUGGAAGUUUAGGGAACAACGUUUCUGGGCGCGUCUUGAAUUCGUGUGAAGUCUAUGAUCCUGCCACAGAAACGUGGACUGAGCUGUGUCCCAUGAUUGAAGCCAGAAAGAAUCAUGGGCUGGUAUUUGUAAAAGACAAGAUAUUUGCUGUGGGUGGUCAGAAUGGCUUAGGUGGUCUGGACAAUGUGGAAUAUUAUGAUAUUAAGUUAAAUGAAUGGAAGAUGGUCUCUCCAAUGCCAUGGAAGGGAGUAACAGUGAAGUGUGCAGCAGUUGGCUCUAUAGUUUAUGUCUUGGCUGGUUUUCAAGGUGUGGGUCGACUAGGAAACAUCCUUGAAUAUAAUACUGAAACAGACAAAUGGGUUGCCAACUCCAAAGUCCGAGCUUUUCCAGUAACAAGUUGUUUAAUUUGUGUUGUUGAUACUUGCGGAGCAAAUGAAGAAACCCUUGAAACAUGAAAAACUGAACCUCAAGAUUCACUGGAGACUCAAAAAUAUGGCCACCCGUGCUUUGUUCCAAGAGUGCAGUCACAAAGUUUUAGUUUGGUGUUUUUUUUUUUUUUUCCAAGGAGUUUUCAAGUAAAGUAAGAUUCAUGUAAAAUAGAUUUUCUUUUAUAUGGAUUUCCUUCCUUAAUUGAAAGACCGUAUUUCCGCUGGCCAUAUAACCAAGAACAAAUCUAGCAAGAAACUUGUAAAAUUAUAAGCACUUGGUGAAAACAUGAAUUCUUAAAUGAAUUUCACAUUUGUAAGUAUGAUUAUAGCAGAAUGGGGGACUGACUCAUGAUUGAAGCAGUCUCAUGUUAGCUCUAGAUUCUAUUUUCAUACAUCAUAGAAGUGCUAUGUAGUUAUGUCUGUUUCUCUUCAGUCAAAAACUAAGAAAUAGUAUGAAUUGUAAGUCAAAGAUAGUUCUGAUGGAGCAGCUUAGUCUCAUGUAAUUUUGCUUGUCUUCAUUUGUUCCAUUUAGUGCCAAAUGUAUGCCAUCUUAAAAGCAAGCCAGAGUGAGUCAAAGCAUACACUUAUAUCUCAUAAAAACAUUUUGGGAGUUAAAAUGUAAUCAACUCCUCAUGAACUAUAUUCAGUACAAUUAAAUAAUUCCAUCUUUUUAACACAAAAUGUCAAGCUUAGCACCCAUCAUUAAUUUACAUCACUUUUUUAACCCAGGGAUUAAAAAAGAAUUAUACCUCUUCAGUGCUCACUCUGUUAAUAUUACCUAGCAAAAGAAAGCUACUUAUAGCAAAUUCUAGGUCACUAGUAUAUCACUGAUAGUUAUACACUGUCAAUGUUGAAUUUGAACUUCUUAUAGAUUAAAAAGGUACAUAAUUUCUUUUCCUUAGCAUAACAUAUCAGCAAAUUUGACCCAGUUGUCUCUAAAAGUUUUGUAAUUGAGUUAAAUAUUUGUCAUAUUACUUAUAUGUGCUCAGUAAAUCUUUUACAAACCCAGCUGUUCAUUUCUUUCCUAGUAAUGUUUUGCCCUUUUACUUUAUGAAAUGUAUGGAAUGAGCCAUGUAAAGCUGUCACCAUCAAUGUUUUUAAACCUGAUAAUAUUAAAUAUUUUUAAACUUCAA